ACGUAGAUAGCAUAGCAUGGGUACGGUAAUAGACGACGACGUUUCACCGAUCGAGGAGGUUCGCGCGGUGGUAUCCACCGACGACGACCCGAACCUCCCGGUAUGGACAUUUCGAAUGUGGACACUGGGGAUAAUCUCAGUGGUGUUACUCUCUUACUUGAACACAUUCUUCAGUUACAGAGCGGAGCCUUUGUCGGUGACGACGAUAUCGGUGCAAGUAGCCACGCUGCCUAUUGGCCGAUUCAUGGCGAGGGUGUUGCCGGAAAGAAAGUUUCGGAUCGUUGGGUUCGGAGCGAGAGAGUUUUCGUUGAACCCGGGUCCUUUCAACGUGAAGGAGCACGUGCUGAUUUCUAUAUUUGCGAAUGUUGGUGGAACUGCUUAUGCCAUUAGUAUUAUUGAUAUCAUUCGCGCUUUUUAUUAUCGGAAAAUCGCUUUCUUUACGUGUUGGAUUCUUGUUAUCACUACUCAGGUGUUAGGGUAUGGAUGGGCGGGGAUAAUGAAGAAGUAUGUGGUGGAGCCGGCGGAGAUGUGGUGGCCGUCCACCCUCAUACAAGUUUCAUUGUUCAGGGCUAUACAUGAAAAGGAUGAAAACCGAAUGUCAAAAGGAAAGUUCUUUGUGAUAGCACUUGUCUGCAGUUUUGCAUGGUACAUUGUACCAGGUUACCUAUUUGCCACAUUAUCAGUUAUCUCAUGGGUUUGUUGGAUUUUCCCAAACUCAGUAACAGCUCAUCAACUUGGCUCUGGAAGAAAUGGCCUUGGCCUCGGCUCAUUUUCGCUCGACUGGACCACCAUUGCUGCAUUCCUCGGAAAUCCACUCAUCACACCCUUCUUCGCAACCAUCAAUAUCCUUGUUGGCUACAUUUUACUAGUUUACAUAAUCAUUCCCGUUGCUUAUUGGGGACUAAAUGUCUAUAAUGCCAAAAACUUCCCUAUAUUCUCCUCUGUAUUAUUCACCGCUCAAGGUAGUAGAUACAAUGUCACCGGUAUUGUUAACGAUAAGUUUGAGAUCGAUAUGAACGCGUAUCAGGAGCAAGGUCAUAUAAAUAUGAGUAUCUUUUUCGCUGUUAGUUAUGGGCUUGGAUUUGCUGCUAUUGUGUCUGCUCUUACUCAUGUUGCUAUAUUUAACGGAAAGGAGAUAUAUCAUCAAUUUAUGUCGUCGCGAACGGGAAAGGAAGAUGUUCAUACAAGAAUGAUGAAGAGGUAUGAAGAUAUUCCUGGUUGGUGGUUUCAUGCUACGCUUUUGAUUUCGUUUGUUCUUGCACUUGUGAUGUGUAUUUUCUUGAAAGAUGAAAUACAAAUGCCUUGGUGGGCACUCAUCUUUGCUUCUGGACUUGCUCUCAUGUUCACUCUUCCCAUUAGCAUCAUAACUGCCACCACUAAUCAGAGUCCAGGUUUGAAUAUUAUUACCGAAUACAUUAUGGGUGUGAUUUCACCUGGCAAACCAAUAGCCAAUGUAUGUUUCAAGACAUACGGCUAUAUAAGCAUGGCACAAGCUGUUACAUUUCUAUCUGAUUUCAAGCUUGGACAUUACAUGAAAGUCCCACCAAGAUCAAUGUUCAUAGUUCAGAUCAUAGGCACAAUCAUAGCUGGAACAGUGAACGUCAGUGUUGCAUGGUGGUUACUAGGUUCAAUAAAAGGCAUAUGUCACGAAGAGCUACUCCCCGAGGGUAGCCCGUGGACAUGCCCGGGCGACAACGUGUUCUUCGACGCAUCUGUAAUAUGGGGUUUAGUCGGCCCAAGACGAAUAUUCGGCCCGCUAGGUAACUACUCAAAGCUCAACUGGUGGUUCUUGAUAGGCCUAUCAGGCCCAAUAGUUGUAUGGGCUUUAACAAAAGCCUUUCCGAAUAAAAAAUGGAUAUCACACAUUCAUUUUCCUGUCUUACUUGGAGCAACUGCAGCUAUGCCACCAGCUAGCACAGUGAAUUUCAAUUCUUGGUUAAUGGUUGCAAUUACGUUCAACUUUUUUGUGUAUACAUAUCAUAAGAAGUGGUGGAAAAGGUACAAUUAUGUUCUUGCUGCUGCUUUAGAUGCUGGAUUGGCUUUUGUUACUAUUCUUCUUUAUUUUACGGUUGCAAAUAAGGGAAUAACGUUGGACUGGUGGGGACAAGAUGAGCAUUGUCCUCUUGCUAAGUGUCCUACUGCUAAAGGGAUAGAGACUGAAGGUUGUCCUACGUUUUGAUGCCAUGGUUACUCCCUUUAUAGUUUAUGUCACAUUUGUUAUAUAAUUCAUUUGUUUUGGUAUGGUUUUUAUAUGCAACUUUUCUGAUAAUUUAGAUGGUUGGAGAUGAAACUUGGAUUCAUAUUUAGUUUGGGAAUGUAUAAGUGCAUUUAGCUAAGUUGUUUAAAAUUUGUGUUUUUA